AUGAAUCCAGAUUAUGUAAUCCAAGCAUUUGAUUCACUUCAAAAUCAACUUUUUAUACAAGUCUUGAAUGCCUUCAUCAUUCCUCAUUUACAAAAAGUUCAAGGUUACAUGGAACGUAAAAUUUGCGCAGUGGGGAUGACACGUCUUAUAACACAAACACCAACUGAAAUUGAGAAUUACAAUGAAGACAAUUACUUUUUGACAAUUGAUUUUGAAGAAGAUAUGCAAUUCCAAACCUCGUAUUCCAAAUUAGCAACUACCAAUAAACCAAAGGAUGAUCCUACAGAAUCAAUCAAAGAUCCAAAAAUCUUUUUAGCUCAAUCCAUUAAAAAUUUGAAUGAUUUACAUCCUGAAAUGAUAUCUGAAACUAUACAAAAAAGAAUACCACCUGACUAA